GAGGAGGGGGCGGGGCUUCGUCCCGGCCCGCGCCCCCAUUGGCUGCCGCCCGUGAGGCGAUGUGGGGCCAGCCGGCGUGGUCCCGGCGCUGCCAGCGGGAGCGGCGAUGGCGGCGGGCGCUAUGGAGGUUCGGCGGCGUGGCGGCCCUUGGCGCUCGGCGGCGGCCACGGAGCUGCCGGCCUGGCGGCUGCGCUGCGAGGGCGGGCGGCAGCUCUGGCGCUACCUGGGCGAUGGCGAUGUCGAGGAGCGGCGAGCGCAGACAGCGCUGGAGCAGCACAGCCUCGGGCUGGACACGGGCGCGACGCUGCAGACGCUGCCGGCGGCCGGCUCGGCCCGGGAGGCGGCUCGCAACGGGAUGCGGUUCUACGCGGCGCUGCAAGCUGAGGACGGGCACUGGGCGGGCGACUACGGCGGGCCGCUGUUCCUGCUGCCAGGUCUCCUCAUCACCUGCCACACUGCCAAAAUCCAGCUGCCCGAGGGGUUCCGGAAGGAGAUGGUACGCUACCUGCGCUCUGUGCAGCUCCCGGACGGAGGCUGGGGCUUACAUGUGGAAGACAAAUCAACAGUGUUUGGCACAGCCCUCAACUACAUAGCCUUGAGGAUCCUGGGGCUUGGACCAGAUGAUCCUGACAUUGUGCGGGCCCGUGUCAACCUGCACAGCAAAGGAGGUGCUGUGGGAAUCCCUUCCUGGGGCAAGUUUUGGCUGGCUGUCUUGAACGUUUACAGCUGGGAGGGAAUGAACACGCUUCUCCCAGAGAUGUGGCUGCUUCCCACAUGGUUUCCAGCCCAUCCGUCGCGGCUCUGGUGUCACUGCCGCCAGGUUUACCUUCCCAUGAGCUACUGCUAUGCUAAGCGUUUGUCAGCAGAAGAGGACGAGCUGAUACGGAGCUUGCGGCAGGAGCUCUAUGUGCAAGACUACGCCAGCAUAGACUGGCCAGCACAGAGGAACAACGUGGCUGCCUGUGAUGUGUACACCCCACACAGCUGGCUGCUGGAUACUGCCUAUGCCAUCAUGAACAUGUAUGAAGCUCACCACAGCACUCACCUGCGGCAGCGAGCCGUCACAGAGCUGUACGACCACAUCAAGGCUGAUGAUAGAUUCACCAAGUGCAUCAGCAUCGGGCCAAUCUCUAAGACAAUCAACAUGCUGGUUCGCUGGUUCGUGGAAGGGAAGGACUCCCCAGCUUUCCAGGAGCAUGUGUCCAGGAUACCUGACUAUCUCUGGCUGGGCCUCGACGGCAUGAAGAUGCAGGGCACAAACGGAUCCCAGCUCUGGGAUACUGCUUUUGCCAUCCAAGCCUUCUUGGAGGCAGAAGCCCAGGAGAUGCCUGAAUUCACCUCCUGCCUCCAGAAUGCCCAUGGGUUCCUCCAGUUCUCCCAGAUCCCAGAGAACCCACCCGACUACCAGAAAUAUUAUCGCCAUAUGAACAAGGGUGGCUUCCCCUUCAGCACGCGGGACUGUGGCUGGAUUGUGGCAGAUUGCACAGCGGAGGGGCUGAAGGCAGUUAUGCUGCUGCAGGAGAAGUGUCCCUUCAUAGCCAAGCCUGUGCCUGCUGAGCGCCUCUUUGAUGCUGUGAAUGUGUUGCUGAGCAUGAGGAACUCGGAUGGAGGCUUUGCCACUUAUGAAACCAAACGAGGAGGCCACUUACUGGAGCUGCUGAACCCCUCGGAGGUGUUUGGUGACAUCAUGAUUGACUACACAUACGUGGAAUGUACAUCAGCUGUCAUGCAGGCACUAAGACACUUCCAGAGCCAGUUCCCUGAGCACCGAGCCCAGGAGAUCAGGGAGACUCUGCAGAAGGGCCUGGAUUUCUGUCGCAAGAAGCAACGAGCUGAUGGGUCCUGGGAAGGGAGCUGGGGGGUUUGUUUCACCUAUGGCACCUGGUUUGGUCUGGAGGCGUUUGCCAGCAUGCAGCACACAUACCACAACGGGACUGUGUGCCGAGAGGUGGCCCAGGCCUGCCAGUUCCUCGUCUCCAAGCAGAUGGCAGAUGGCGGGUGGGGAGAGGAUUUUGAGUCCUGCGAGCAGCGCAAGUACGUGCAGAGUGCCGAGUCGCAGAUCCACAACACCUGUUGGGCCCUGCUUGGACUCAUGGCUGUCAGGUACCCUGACAUCAGUGUGCUGGAAAGAGGCAUUAAAGUGUUGAUGGAUAAGCAGCUGCCCAAUGGGGACUGGCCUCAGGAGAACAUUGCUGGGGUGUUCAAUAAGUCAUGUGCCAUCAGUUACACCGCGUACCGCAACAUCUUCCCGAUCUGGACGCUGGGCCGAUUCUGCCGGCUGCACCCCAGCAGCCCUCUGGCUGGGCAGCUGCCAGCCAGAGCCAGACCCUCAGCUGAGGCAGGGCAGGAGGAGCAGGGAGCCCUGUCUGCUUAAACCUGGACCUCUGGGGAUGCCAUGGCCCUGGACUUGUCUUGGAUCCCGGUGUCUGCAUGGGGCCGUGGCGGUGUGUGCUGCAUGGGAUAUCUCAGUGCUGACCUUAGCAUGUGGACUGCUGCCCCUGCCAGGAAUGGGU